AUGUAUGGCGAAACGAAAGUGAUGAAGAGAGCGCCGGUCUGCUGUGUGAAGACCACCGAAGGACUAGCGAAAUACAGCAGGGCAUUCGAGGAGGUGCUGUCGCAGCAGGUGGAUAUCCAUCUUCUGUCAAAUUGUUUUCUGGCAUCUGUCCAAUCCUCGGACGAACUGAGGAGGAAACCAAAGCGAGAAGGCCAGGUACCUAGCAAACACGAGCUCAUUGGCGGGUUGUCCUCGUACUGUGCUCUCACUAGAGUGGACCUCUUGAAGCCCGCCUUGAAUGAGCCGUUCAAUUUUGGUAACGAAGACUUAGCCGGUGCAGGGAUUCAGGGAAAAUUCAACAACUUCAAGAUGGUGGAGAAGGGUAAGCCUUGGACCCCGCGUAUUUUUGGUGAGAACGUCGGGUUUGGCGGUUUUGGCCCUAUACCUGUCGGUACUCCGGAGCAGGUCGCUGAUAUGAUGGAAAAGUGGUUUGUGGAAGCAGACAUCGUCGGCUUUAAUCCGCAAUUUCUCGGUGGAACCCUUAAAGAGAACAUACAAGCACAGCCUAGCCAACUAUUUUUGAGUCGAGACCAAGCUGGUGCCAAGUUGAGAGGUGUCACACCUACUACUACGCCUUACAUUGCAGCCGAAGCGACCGACGAGCCAAAGGCGACCUAA